GCCACCUCUCUCUUACACACCAUACCCUGUCACUCUCUCUCUCUCUCUCUCUCAUUCACACGAAUCACACUCUCCACAGUGCGAUUCAUUCACCAAUGGAUCGCAACGGUGUUCUCUCUCUUGCAUUCAUCUGCAUUGUAGUCGCCGGCGUCGGAGGCCAGUCUCCCGCCGCAGCGCCCUCGAACACUCCGGCAACCCCCGCCGCCGCCACUCCCGCCCAAGCACCUUCCACACCGAAUUCACCAGCCCCAGUUGCUUCUCCCAAAUCAUCUCCACCAGCUUCGUCUCCUAAGCCCGCAACCGCAACCCCUGCUUCGUCGCCGGCGGCAUCUCCUACCACCACCCCCGCCGCGCCUGCUCCAGCGACCAAGCCACCUGCAGCCUCUCCUCCUCCGGCGCCGGUUCCCGUGAGCUCUCCCCCCGCUCCCGUGCCGGUGAGUUCUCCACCCGCUCCCGUUCCGGUGGCGGCGCCGACCACCCCUGUGGCUCCCGCUCCGGCUCCGAGCAAGCACAAGAAGAAGGGUAAGAAGCACGGUGCUCCGGCUCCUUCACCGUCGUUGCUGGGACCUCCUGCGCCACCCACCGGGGCUCCUGGUCCUAGCGAGGACGCUUCUUCCCCUGGACCUGCCACUGCUGCCAACGAUGAGAGUGGAGCAGAGACCAUCAUGUGCUUGAAGAAGGUUCUAGGAGGCUUAGGUUUGGGUUGGGCUACCCUUGUUUUGGUCUUCUAGACAGGCUUUGUUGCUGUUAUUAUAUUCUUGUAUUGUAUCAUUUAUUUUCCUUUUUUGUUUCUUUUUCUUUUGACCCUGUUUUGGGUACACAUUACAUUUAUUUACAUUGUUACCUUCAGACCCUUAUUAUUCGAUUGAUGUCGUUGUCAUCACUAGUGCUACUGUGCUUGGCUUUUUGUCUC